GGCCCGGCCCGGGGGUGGGGAUGGGGAGGGGGCCGCAGGCCCCGGCGUGCGCGUUGCCGGGAGACGGGCAUUGUUCCGGGCGGAGUGAACAGAGUAUUUGUCAGGCAAGAGCUGCUGUGAUGGUUUAUGAUGAUGCCAACAAGAAGUGGGUGCCAGCUGGUGGCUCAACGGGGUUCAGCAGAGUUCACAUAUAUCACCAUACAGGCAACAACACGUUCAGAGUGGUGGGCAGGAAGAUUCAGGACCAUCAGGUCGUGAUAAAUUGUGCCAUUCCUAAAGGGUUGAAGUACAAUCAAGCUACACAGACCUUCCACCAGUGGCGAGACGCCAGACAGGUGUAUGGCCUCAACUUUGGCAGCAAGGAGGAUGCCAAUGUCUUCGCAAGUGCCAUGAUGCAUGCCUUAGAGGUGUUGAAUUCACAGGAAACAGCCCAGAGCAAGGUUGCUGCUACCCAGGACAGCACUAAUUUGCGAUGUAUUUUCUGUGGGCCAACAUUGCCUAGACAAAAUUCACAGCUACCUGCCCAAGUUCAAAAUGGCCCAUCACAAGAAGAAUUGGAAAUUCAAAGAAGGCAGCUGCAAGAACAGCAGCGGCAGAAGGAGCUGGAGCGGGAGCGCGUGGAGCGCGAGCGCGUGGAGCGCGCGGAGCGGGAGCGGCUGGAGCAGGAGCAGCUGGAGCGCGAGCGGCUGGAGCGGGAGCGCGAGCGGCAGGACCGGCUGGAGCGCGAGCGGCUGGAGCGGCUCGACCGCGAGAGGGAGCAGCGGGAGCAGCGCGAGCGGGAGCAGCGCGAGCGGCAGGAGCAGCGGGAGCGCGAGCGAGAGCGGGAGCGGGAGCAGCGCGAGCGGCAGGAGCAGCUGGAGCGGCAGGAGCAGCUGGAGUGGGAGCGCGAGCGGGAGCGCCGGCUGUCGGCCGCCGCUGCCCCUGCGCCUGCCCCUGCGGAGACUCCUCUAAACUCUGUGCUGGGGGACUCCUCUGCUUCUGAGCCAGGCUCGCAGGCAGCCUCUCAGCCGGCCGAGACUCCAGCCCAACAGGGCGGUGUCUUGGGACCACCCGCACCUCCGCCCCCACCGCCGCUCCCACCCGGCCCCGCCCCGGCCGCCGCAGCCGCCCCCCCACCCGGGCCGCCGCCCCCCCCUCCGCUCCCCGCAGCGGGGCCGCCGCCCCCACCGCCCCCGCCCCCCCUUCCCAACCAGGUCCCCCCCCCUCCUCCGCCCCCUCCAGCGCCCCCACUCCCCGCAUCUGGAUUUUUUGCGGGAUCAGUGUCUGAAGACAAUCGCCCGUUGACUGGACUUGCCGCUGCGAUUGCCGGAGCAAAACUGAGGAAAGUGUCCCGGGUGGAGGAUGCCUCUUUCCCGAGUGGAGGGAGCACCAUCGGCGCGAACCCGGCCUUGUCCAAAUCAGACACGGGUCGUGGGAACGGACCCCUCCCGUUAGGGGGCAGCGGGCUGAUGGAGGAGAUGAGCGCCCUGCUGGCCAGGAGGAGAAGAAUUGCUGAAAAGGGAUCAACGAUAGACACCGAACAGAAAGAGGACAAACACGAAGAUUCCGAGCCCGUCACUUCUAAGGCCUCGUCGACAAGUACACCCGAACCAGCAAGAAAACCUUGGGAAAGAGCGAAUACAGUGAAUGGCAGCAAGUCACCUGUCAUCUCCAGACGGGAUUCUCCAAGGAAAAAUCAGAUUGUUUUUGACAACAGGUCCUAUGAUUCAUUACACAGACCAAAAUCUGCACCUUCGUCGCAGCCCAGUGCCAACGGCGUCCAGACAGAGGGGCUAGACUACGACAGGCUGAAGCAGGACAUUUUAGAUGAAAUGAGAAAAGAAUUAACAAAGCUAAAAGAAGAGCUCAUUGAUGCGAUCAGGCAAGAACUGAGCAAGUCCAAUUCUGCGUAGAGAAGCAAGCCCAGGAGAAACAGGACCGUAGCUGGAGGAAGAAAAAAGACCCCUGCAAACAACAGCUGUUAACAACAAGCCCCUACGUUUUGUGAGCCGCGAGAAGAAAGUGGAUACAGAUGGUCGGAAGGAGGAGAGCCGGCGCACUUGUGAGCCUUCAGAUGCUGUUGCUCUGGCGAUCAACGAUUUCCCUCCAGUUUGCUGCUUUCUUCUGACCUUUUCAACAGGAUGGAAGGGUCGGAUAAGAGUUCCCAUUUAACGGUUAUGCAGAAAAUCCUAAGCCCAUCAGGCAGAAUCACCGUGCAUUGAAGUAUUUUCAUGUCAAGACAAAAUCGCACGUUUUCCACAACCCAUUGCUAAAAUAAAGAGGAGAAAGGCUUAAGAAGUUUGUUUUCAGAGAGUGCUGAUGAAGAAUUUAGCAAGUUACGCUAUUGUAUUGUAAAUGUUUCUCUCAGGUUUGUCUUCCUAUCACGUGUGAUAUUCCGUAAUCGAGGUCAGCCCUGUGGAGGUUAAGAUCCUAAAACGUGGAACAAAUGGAAUUGUAUGUGCUUUCAAAGGGCGAUAUUUAUAAGAAAGUGUCCUAAAAAUGAUUUGUCUGGCUUGAGGAAUUUUAGAAUGAUAGGAAGUCUCUCGAGUUAGCCUUCAUGCAAUUUUGUAGAUUACAACAUAAAAUUCAUCCAGAAUUUAAAGAUUUAGAUGCCUUCCUAAAUUGUUAAAAUGCUUUACCAAAUCUAUGACUCCUACAUAACACACACCAGUGGUCAAAUGUAAAACAAUAUAUUGUAGAUUUACUGUAGGUUUUCAACCUUUUUUAGAUUUAUGCAUGUGGACAUUUUUAUAAUGUAAUUACAACCACCACAAAAUUAGCUUUUUUAAUUGCAAACAGUAAUGCAUGUCACACUAAUAUGUAGUGGCCUUUUCAAGGCCUGGUCCCAGGGAAAACAUUUUGUAGAGUGUAGGGGGUGGGAGGAAGGGAAGGAAUAAGUUUUCAUUUAAAGUUAAUUUCUGCAUUGUCUUUUUUUCUCAAUUACCUGCAUGAAUAAUAAUGAGGAAUAUUUUGUGACUUUAAUUGGUAAAUAUGUUAGCAGAACCAAGUACUUAAUCUUUUACAUCAUGUCUUCAGCUGUUCGUAUUUUAGCUUCAGUAAUUUCAAUGGUCUGAAACAUGAUUCUGAGCUUCACAUGAAUCACAUCAUACUGUGGGACUCGAAAACUUGAUCCCUGAAUCUGGCAGUUACUAUGACCUAGGUGCCCUGCAGUCGGACAAGUGUUCAGGUGCAUGUUCUGACCAGGAAAGCUGCUCUUGAAUUGUGUUGUGUGGAAACAUAAGAUGUGGCAAUGUCAGCAGCGACUGAGGUCACAGGCGUCAGUCACGCGGCAGCGGGGACCGGCGAGGGGCUCUGAGUAGUUCUCUGGUGACAGAGUGAGACUUGGGGUAGGAGGACGGGAUUAGAUCCUCUGCUGACCCCGACUCGGGUGUGUGUGCGUGCGUUCGUAAUCCACACCCUUCUCCUGGAAACUCAUGAAGAUUAAAAUAGGGGAGACAUUCUAUAUGUUGCAAUGAUAGAUUUUUUUUUUUUUUUGAAAAUUUAGGAAAUCAGAAACUCUCCAGGCUCUUCCGUCUUGAUGUAUGCUUCAGUUACGUGCCAUACUUGCUUUGAAAUCUUUGAUUAUCUGAAGUUUCACUAAAGUUUUGAAGAAAUAAUCCAUUUUCAUCUGCUUUCUAGAUUUCGUAAUCUCAUUUGGGAAGACGGAGCUUGUCGAUAGCAUAGUUUUCUAAAGGCUGCAGAUUUGCCAUUACCCUUCCAAACGGUGUGAACGAGGGAGGUUUUUCCUGCUUACGGUAGUUCCCGUUUGUGUAGAAACUGCGGUUUGACAUUAAUCUGUGAUGGGUGAGCUGUCCUCACUCAGGUCUGUGGUUGUGUUUUCUGUCCCUCUUCAUGGUCAGGCAGUAGUAAAGGCAUUCAAGAUGCGGCAGGCUUCUGAAGUACUGUUUUCUAGAAGAACUAGGAGGCAUUUUCAUCUUUAUUACUGUACUUUCGGUUAUGCAGACACUUCGAUGGUAUAAACGCUUAUGUCCCCUAUAAAUCUGGUGAGAAAUCACUUGAUUUUGUUGGUUGUUGGUCUCUAGUAGGAUAGGAUGCUGGGUGCACGUGGUCCAAAGUGAGGUAAAAGACUGCAGUAAAACGCUAGAUCUCAAAAAGGGACCGGUUUACGCACUAACUGUCUCGUGCCUUUUGGUCUAACAUUAGCAGGAUAUCUGUGUAAAAUGACAGAAAACCAGUGUUGAAUCACGCCAUUUUCCAUCAUUUUGCAUUAUCCCGGAUUGCUAAAUGUGUUCUUUACAAGACGUUUGAUGAAAUCACUGUACACAUCCGCUGUCCUACGUGACAGUUUUGUCAUCGUUAGAGAUUUCAGUAACUCACGCGGGAAGUUCUCAGAGCGAUGUUCCUCGGAACCCCGUCAGACGAUGGUUUUUGUGCUCUAGUCCACGGGCUGUCUGAAGCUGAGUGCAGUUCAGGGGUCCUUUCUAGUUACAGGAAGGCACUUCUUUCCUCAACACUGUGAUCUGACCCGUGACCAAUCCGUCCUGUGCGCUGUGUCAACGGCCGACGGUCCAUCGCAAACCAACUGAAUGUACACACCUCCCGCCGGUGCCGAGGUCUCUCCGGAACGGCUGUCCCGGUCGCGGUUCGUCCACACUUUGCCAGCGUCAAGUGUCCGUCGGAACCGAGGACGAAACACUAACGAAUGUUGGAUUCUCGUGCUUUAGGUGUGCUUCCUCUUUAGCCUUUUCGGUUCUCUGCCAUUUUUACCGUACUGUUUCAUUUAAAUUUCCUACACGCUAACUUCGUUUGUGUGAUUGAAAUAAACUUGCAGUAUGUACA